UAACCAAGACAGUAAUCACACCUCUACCAGAGACAAUUUUCCAACCUUAUACACAUUACGGUGGCCGUUCUACAUUACAAAUUCGGUUGAUAAAACCAAAUGACAUUUCAGAUCUCAGAGUUAUAAGGCAGUUGUUUAAUAGUUACUCAUUUACAAUGGAGGUCCUUGGUAAGGAUACUGUUUUGAAUUUAGCAGAAAAAGUCACAAAGACAAAGCAGUGGAAAGCAAAACUUAAUGAAGGAAGUAAGGUGGUAAUCAACACAAGAGGAAAACAUUGGAAAGAAAAUACAGCAAAGGAAGCCGCAAGGAAAUUGAAACCAGAGUGGAAAGAGCUUAUCAAGGUUCCCACGCAUUUAACCACACAAGAACCAGGCCGUGAGGACAAUGUGGUGUCUAAGGUGCUGACUCUGUUCCAACAAGCGACAUCUAUCUGUAGUUUAGAGGCAGAGCUGAUUUUUAAGGAUUAUUCAGUGACCGUGAGAACAUCUGGUGGACAUGUGCAAUUCGCUCGAUGCCGCCUCAUUCUAGACACGGAGAAAGGUAAAAUUAAGUUCAAAGUCCUCAAGUCGGCCGCUCUUGCCCUGGUGGUACCUGGUGCCGUGACCAAAGCCGUGCUUGCUUUGAACACCGCCCUUAGUUGUCUUCCUCUUCAGACCAAGUCGUCAAUUGUCAAAGCGUUCGAUGCCAUCUUCAAAGUGCUCACAGCCGGGAGCUCCAUAGAUGACGUUACGACUCAGGAUGACGUCAGCAACGACGAAAUGUUCGAAGACGACGUCAUCGAUCCGGAAAAAGCUCCGAAUGAGGCAGCCUUCACUGCCCCUUGUAAGUUGUUUUCUACGAUCUUAAAAGUGGAUGUUGAGAUAAUAUGCCCAAGAAAUGUGGUCGUGGAGUUCAAGAAAAGAGAGAUCUUAGCUGCCUUGAGGAGACAGAGAGUGGUUCUGGAUGCGAAUCAAAGUCUGCAGAUCAUCAAAGAACCCCGCGUAAUUUUAAGAGGGAAACAAGUCCAGGCAGCAAUGACAGCUCUAGCCUUAUGGGUUUCGUCUUGUUCGCAAUUUAACGCUUGGCAAAAUACUUUUGAAGUUGUGAAAUGCUUGCAGAAAGCCCGCCCUUAAACGCACUGAACGAUCAAAUGAUAAAAAGGCUUUUUACAAGCACAAUGAUAAAAAUUUUGUGAUUCCUAGCUGUUUACCCAUGUUAAACUACGGCACUAAAUUGUUUUUUUUUUCUUUUCCGUUGUUGCGUUUUAUUUCGUUCAGCGACCCCUCACCAGAAAACAUUUCUAAUAAAAGCCGCGAGAAUUCUAUUUAUGCUUUUUGGGCGAUGCAGCGAUGAAAUCCCUGUAAAUUUUGUAAUGUAGUUUAUUCUCCCAGCAGGAUUGGUUUGGUUUGUGUUAUUGGAAAAGGACGAGAGAGAGAAUUUUAUUUCUGUCAACGUUAAGUUGUUGUACUGAACAAUGCGUCUUUUUACGUAACACCAGUGCACUACUCCGCCUAUGUCACGCAGUGCUCAUUUUUUUCGUAAUCGAAAUGAAUGAGUAACGGUAAAAUAAGAAGGCCGAACUUCACCCGAUCUUGACCCAAUGUCACUUAUUGUUUAUUUCGGAGUAUCUUCGUAAUUCGACAUUUGCACUAAAGAUAGCACAAUUAAGAAAGAAGAAUACUUUAGAAAGAAAUUAUUCCGUGCCUAAAUGAUCCAAAAUGUCAUCUUGUCAGUUCUUGCCGUGGCACUACAGAAGACAA